UUGUUGGGCUCCUUUCGGUUUGCAUGCUGACAAACAUCAGGGGUGGAAGAACGUCUCAGAUGCUUUUGUUUAAGUAGAGAGGUUUGUAGAGAGCAGUUUCUGUUUGGGGUAAACUUGUGUAUUUUCACCUUAUUCCUACUUUUACUCGACUAAUCUUAACUUUGAAAAUGUAAAUGUACACAUGUUGUGUGUAAACUACCACUUUGUAAACAGUCCGUAGAUCACGACGCCUUCAAAAUAAAAUCAGCGUGUAAGUAGCAUUUUGUUGAGCUGGUUUUAACUACUACUAGUUUAGUGCAGGGGUUCCCAGCCUCUGGGUCGGGGGCCUCCAGAGGGUCACCAGAUAAACCUCAGGGGUCCCGUCUACACGUCUACACAGCGUGGAAAUAUUUAAGUAUUUGCCUCUGAAAUGAAAUUGGAACCACUAAAGGAAAUUACUCUCGUUCGUAGCUUUAGGAGAAGAGUUUGGAUCUUUCUGACUGGCUGUAAAUGUGUAAAAGGGUUCUGGGACGCUCGGCAUCGACAAAGAGAAGCCGGGUCGGUCCGCUUAAAGCCGCCUCUUCAGUUGCUUGUUAAAUUAAUAAUUGAGUUAAAUGCUUCUUAUUGUUGAUUAUCGAAAUCAAAUCCAAAUGUUUUCCAGUCGCAGCGAAUGAAUGCUGUUUCUGUUUUCUCGUCACAUGAGAGGAAAGAACAUCUUCAUUGAAUCAGAGGCUCCACAGAGCUGCUCACAGUUCACACACUGAACUGAAUUCUCCUCAACUGAAACUUUGUUUUUAAACCGAUAAUUCACCUCUACGGUGCCUCGUCUUUAUCGGCAGUUUCCACGGCGAUCAUAACUACUCCCACAAGAUUUCCCCAUCGCAGCUCGCACGUUGCUUCUGUUGGGUCCAGAGGAGCAGACCAAGAAACAUUUCAGCAGGUUUACGCAAAAUAUGACGAGGCACAGAACUAACGUAACGAGGUGACUCACAGAGGCGAAAGAAAACAAAUAAUUCGAUUCUCCCCCCCCCCACCCGGAGAAUAACAACGAAUUGGCGGCUUUUGCUCGCUCGUUAUCUUAGUCACUGGUUCUCUUUCCUGCAGCUUAAUGCACUGAAAUAGACACAGAAAAGCCCCGGUUUGAGUCUCGCGUCAUGGCCGCCUUCCAGCUGCUCUUCCCGCUGUUGGUCACCUGCGUGGCGGCGUCCGCCCGGGCCCCCCGCCGCCUCCCGGCCUGCCAAGUUGUCCAGUCGGAUGCGUUUUGCAGCGACCUGAGCCUGAGGAGCGCCCCGCUGGACCUCCCCCCCGGCGUCCAGACGCUGGACCUCUCUCGUAACCACGUGCAGAACCUCACCCGGGAGACUCUGGCGUUCCACAGCGGCCUCCGGCGCCUGAACCUCCGCUCCAACGAGAUCCACUUCAUCCAGCCGGGGCUCUUCACGGACAUGGCCGACCUGAAGGUCUUGGACCUGUCCAGGAAUCACCUGCAUGUUCUCGCCCUCUCCAAAGUGAGCCUGGGGCCCCUCACGUCCGUGGAGACGCUGGACCUGUCGAGCAACCAGCUGUACACCGGGAUGACCGACUACUUCCUGGCGGAUUCUCCCUCGCUGGAGGUCCUCUCUCUGAACGGCAACAGCAUCACCAAAAUAGCGCAAAGCGCCUUCGGCGGAUCGCCGAGGCUGAAAAAAAUCGGCCUCCACAACAACGUCAUCCUGGAGAUCGAAGGCGGCGCUUUCGACUCCCUGAGCAAUCUGACGGAACUCGAUCUGUCCAAGAACUCCAUCACCUGCAUCACAGACUUCAACCUCUGCAACCUGAAGGUGCUCAACCUCAGCAAGAACAGCGUGGAGCUUUUCCAGAGCGUCACAUCGACGGAUCACUAUCGUCUCCUCUCGCUGGAUCUGAGUGAAAACAAAAUGUCCUCCUUUCCUCUGCUGCCCAGGAAUAACAGGCUGGAGCACCUGGACGUCUCACGAAACCGGCUCCAGAGCGUCAACGACACGGGGACUCCUGAUGAAAAGACCUUUCUCUAUCACCUGAGAUACCUGGACAUGAGUUACAACCACCUCAAAAGCUUACCCGAGUGCUUCUUUCACUGCAUGGGCUCCCUGGAGGUCCUGAACGUGAGCAAUAACUGCAUCAGCUCGUUCUCCAUCGCCGACGAGCGCUUCCUGCGGACGGUGAAGACCAUCAACCUCGGCUACAACUCGCUGCGCAGCCUGACGUUCGGGGAAAACACUCUGCAGUCGCUGGAGGAGCUCGUCCUCCGUGGAAACGACCUCGCCACCCUGGACCACGGCGUGUUUCGACAACUCCCGAGCAUCAAACACCUGCAGCUUCGGCAGAACAAUCUCGAAAUCUGCUCCUCGGACCGAGAGCGGCAGGACGCUCCGGGUUGCGUCUCCUUUUCCUCUGUGCCGACCUUGGAGAUCCUGGACCUGUCUGACAACCAGCUGAGGACCCUGCCUGCCGACGCGUUCGCCGGCAGCCCUCUGAAGUCGCUGGACCUGUCCCUGAACCCGGGCUUGGACAUGGACCGAGACUCCCUCCUCGGUCUGGAGCGCUCCCUGGUCCACCUGCUCCUGAGGGAGAACAACAUCUCGAGUCUGAGUACGGACCUGUCGUCGCUGACGAGUCUCAAGCACAUCGACCUGUCCACCAACCAGCUGACCGCUGUGCCCGCCUGGAACAGAGACUCCUCCAUUGAGUCCCUGAACCUGCAGAACAACCACCUGGUCACCCUGGAGUACAGCACCAUGCUCGCCCUGGAGCACUCGCUGAAGACCCUCUACAUGGGCUCCAACCCCCUGAGCUGCUGCAGCAACCUCGACCUCCUGCAAAUGGUGCAGAACUCGGCCGUGGUCGUCCCCGACAUCGAGACCGCCACCUGCGUCCACGAGGAGUACUCGGAGCCGGUCAACAUCGAGAAGGUGACCUGGGACAUGUGCCACACGUCGGGGGUCCGGUACUACGCGAUCGCCGUGGCGGUGAUAGCGCUGGUCGUCGUGGUCGCGUCGGUGCUGCUGGUUAAAUGUUUGCAGGCCAGGAAACCGCAGCACCGGAGCUUCAACGCUUAACGCCACGCCCCUAAAAAUGGACGCGUGAAGGGACUAUUUAUUGCCCUGGUCUUUAGGUCACUGCCAGCAUCAGCUGCCACUGAAGACACCUGCCAUUCUGUGCUUUGAACGGAACGAAAAACACUUUUCACAUGUGUUUGAAAAGUUUGACGCGUUUCGCACCUAGUGGUCACUUUAGGAACUGCAGCUUUAAAGUUAACAGAUUUUAAGAGGGUUAAUCAGAGCAUAUUUUCUAUCUUGAUAUUGAACUGUUGUUCAAACUGUCGAUGAAAGCGAUGCAGACGGAGAAGAAGGUGACUCAAAGUCCGGUGUCUCCUCUUAAAGCUGAGAGUAGAAGGAUGGAAACACUACAAAGGGUCAGGAAACCAAAGGCUCCGUUCAUGAAGUAUGCUCAAUGAAGUACACGUGUGUGUAUCUACAUGAAUACCUAUUUAUGUAUCUAUCUGUUUGGCGCCAAAAUGAGUUUUUACAAAGCAAUCCGACACUUCACCCUUUUUUAAUGUGGUUUGCACUUUAAAUCCCGUCUGAUUUGUGUGAUUGUGUCUUUUUCUGUGAUUGUUUCAACACUAAAGGAUAGUUGUGUUACCUUAACAUCAGCGCUGGAUAGAACAGUGUGUGUUCUGCAUGGAUCCCCGGCCUGUGGUGCAAUACGGAACAUCUAUUACUCGACACGAGACGCUGAACACUGGGCUGAACACUGAAAUGAAUAACUGUGAAACUCUGACAUAGAAGUUUAGUAUACGUGCUGUUUAUUUUUGGAAUAAAUGAAAUAAUAAAUGUAGUGUGCCACAAUUUAAUACAGCGUACAUUUUUUUGCCACACUUUGUACCAAAUGAAGCCAUUUUCUACACGUAAACACAAUAUUUUAUGUUUAAAUACUUGUAAACCAUUUCUUUUCACAUUAUUAUUCUGCUCAUAAUAUAUGAUUGUUUUGCUCUGCCACUUAAAGUAUUGGGCAAAAACCAGUAGCACUUAACUAUAUGAGAAUAAACUGU